ACAUAUGCAUUAUUAAUGUAAUCAUUGUUUUUUUUAUGUUUAGACUGCAAAAUGUUAAUACAAUGAAAAUGUGAAAAUUAUGCUAAAUUAUAGCAUGUAAUUGUAAGAUCCACUUUAUUCCCCAGAAGCAAAGAAUGAAAAAAAACCCCGUUGACAUAUACACAGUAGAUAUUUUCCUGCAUUUCAGUGGUAUUGUACAAUUGCUAUAUAUUUUGAAAAUUAUCCCUUGUAAAGAGAACAUCAUUUUAAUAAUAAUACUAGGUGAAAGCAGUAUUAUAAACAUUUGACAAGGUACAUUAUCACCACCAGAUGGUAGUAGAGCAGCUCUUGAGACCAAACGAUUCUUAAGACCCCCUCUUUCUCUCUCGAUGUACUUUUUAGCAACAGUAACGUUAAGUUUCUUCCAAAAAUGCAGAUCCGCUGUGUUGUUAAAAGGCCAGAGUUAUUGCAGUCGCUCUCGUGACAGUACAGUAUACUGAAGCAAGAUUAUUUCUGCUCAAAGUGGACACAAUCAUGUUUUACCGUGAAAUACGUGUUUUUGCUUGAAAAAUAUUUUAUAGAAUCGACUUAUAUUAUUAGUGUAUUUUACGAGUUUGAUGAAUGUGCAAUGCCGCUUGUGGAGUUCGUCGCAGGAUGGAUUUCAGGUGCUGUUGGUUUAGUUGUUGGCCACCCUUUGGACACAGUAAAGGUGCGCUUGCAGACCCAGGCUGUGUAUAGAGGGAUAUUUGAUUGUGUGGUCAAAACAUACACACAUGAAGGAUCUCGUGGAUUUUUUAAAGGCAUGUCAUUUCCUGUCAUCUCUGUUGCCAUUAGCAACGCUGUGGCUUUUGGUUCAUACAGUAAUGCGCUGGAUUACCUUACUCGGUCAGGUCACAACAACUCUGACCAAAGCAAGCGGUCGUCACUCACUGCUGUGUUCAUGGCCGGGUGUUUUUCAGGGUUAGCACAGUUGUUUGUUUCAGCACCGAUAGACCUGGUUAAAGUGCGUCUGCAGAACCAGACGAAGUCAGGUGGAAAUAAGUACAGAGGCCCCAUACAUUGUAUUGCUGUGAUCUUAAGAGAGGACGGGGUGAAAGGCCUUUUCAGAGGAAUUUGGGCUCUUGCCCUGCGUGACGUGCCUUGUUUUGGACUUUACUUCCUGCCAUAUGAGCUGAUCUGCAGUAUGCUGACUGAGAAAGGGAAGCAACCAGGUAACACUGCUGUCCUGGUAGCCGGUGGUGUUGCUGGCGUGGUCACAUGGGCCUGUGCCACCCCCAUGGAUGUGGUGAAGGCUCGACUGCAGAUGUGUGGCGGCGGUGGUCGCAUGUACAGCGGUGUGCUGAACUGCAUUACUGUGAGUGUGCGUGAGGAGGGCAUGCGGGUCUUCUUCAAAGGCCUUCUUCUGAACAGCGUCAGAGCAUUCCCUGUGAACGCCGUGACCUUCCUCAGCUUUGAGAUGCUGCUGAGAGCCAUGACCGACUCGCCUCAGGACUGAGGGACAGCUGCAGGAUGAUGGAUUUUUGUAGGCCAAAAUCCAGAAACAAGUUCACAAAUUAGCAUUUCCAUCAGUUCCAUCAAUCUUUGAUGGGAUUAUUUGAAUGGAGCAUUGGUUAAAUGGCUGAAAUAAGGUCUGUGGUGAACACAAGUUCAAUAUAUCUUAAAGGGUUAGUCCACCCAAAACUGAAAAUUAACCCAUGAAUUACACAUUCAAGGCAUCUUAGGUCUAUAUGACUUUCUUCUCUCAGACAAAUCCAUUCGGAGUUACAUUAAAAAUUGUCUUUGAUCUUUCAAGCUGUUUAAAGGCAGUCAGUGGGUGUUGCAGUGCAUCAGUCCAAA